UUCGGAAUAGGAAAAAGUUUAGGAUGAAAAUGAGGUCACUAUUUACUUUUGUCACCGUUGUUCUUCUCCUGGUGACAUGUUCUCUCACCUUAUCAAUUGCAACCUCAAAUGAUAGGGACAAUGAUCACGAUCAUGAUCAUGAUGACGAUGACGAUCACGAUCAUGACGACGAUGAUGAUCACGAUCACGAUCAUGACGAUGACGACGAUCACGAUCACCAUCACCAUCGUUCUCCUCCACCUCCACGUCAUAAGUAUAGGCCACCACCUCCGCCACCUCCCAAGAAGCCACAAAAGUCACCACCCCCACCACCAUACUAUAAGUCACCCCCACCCCCACCACCAUACUAUAAGUCACCCCCACCCCCACCACCAUACUAUAACUCACCUCCGCCACCCUACUAUAACUCACCCCCACUCCCAUCACCCUACUAUAACUCACCCCCACCACCAUACUAUAACUCACCUCCGCCACCCUACUAUAACUCACCCCCACUCCCAUCACCCUACUAUAACUCACCCUCACCCACACCACCAUAUUAUAACUCACCACCAACCCUUUCACCAUACUAUAGCUCACCACCAGCCUCUUCACCAUAUUAUAACUCACCACCAUCCCCUUCACCAUACUAUAACUCACCACCAGCUCCUUCACCAUACUAUAACUCACCAACACCUUCACCAUACUAUAACUUGCCAACACCCCUACCCCCACCCAAGGACUCUUCUCCUCCAUCACCACUACCAUAUUAUAACUCACCUUCACCCCCACCACCACCCCCUACCCCAUACUAUAAGUCACCACCACCCCCAUUCUCACCCAAGGACUAUUCUCCUCCACCACCACCUCCCAAGAACUCUUAUUCUCCACCACCUCCCAAAAACUCCUAUUCUCCACCACCUUCGAAGAACUACUCUCCUCCCCCACCACCACCUCCCAAGAACUCCUUUUCUCCACCACCUCCGAAGAACUAUUCUCCUCCUCCACCACCACCUCCCAAGAACUCCUAUUCUCCACCACCUCCGAAGAACUACUCUCCUCCUCCACCACCACCUCCCAAGAACUCUUAUUCUCCACCACCUCCGAAGAACUACUAUCCUCCUCCACCACCACCUCCCAAGAACUCCUAUUCUCCACCACCUCCGAAGAACUACUAUCCUCCUCCACCACCACCUCCCAAGAACUCCUAUUCUCCACCACCUCCGAAGAACUACUCUCCUCCUCCGCCCCCUUCACAUUACUAUAAGUCCCCACCACCCCCACCACCACCCUACAGGGACUCACAUCCGCCACCUUCAUAUUAUCGGCCACGCCCACCCCCACCCCUUUGGGAACUAUAUCCACCACCUCCAUCACCAUACUAUAAGUCACCCCCUCCACCACCGCGCUACCCGGUCCCUUCUCCACCACCACCAAUUUACCCUAAAAAGUCACCUCCACCUCCAUACUAUUAUAGUCCACCUCCUCCUCAUCAUCACAACCUCUAGAUUGUUAUUUGGAAAUAAACAACGUGUCCAAAUAAAGGAGAGGGAAGGACUUGAAGAACCACCAUCUACUGAACAAUGGAACACGUUUCGUUAAUCUAGCAUUGAUUUGGUUUCGCUUUCAUUAUAUAUUUAUAUAUUUUCAUAUUUCAAGUUUUAAGGGCAGUUCAAAUCAUGUCUACGCCUUCUCUUGCAUCCGUUGUGGUUUUCUAACUGCUGCCAGUGCACUAUGUUCUAUUAUACCAACUUAUAUUAUACAUAUAAUAAACAAUAUACCCUAAGUUUAUCA